GUACAAAGACAGAGACAACAUUCAUUUAUAUUUAUGCUUUUUAAUUUUAGAAACAACCAAGAAAUGCCUCAUUCCACAAACAAAGAACUGAUACUUGGCAUCAUGGUGGGAACUACUGGAAUCAGUUUGCUUCUUUUGUGGUACCACAAGGUUUGUAAACCAAGGACAGCAGUGAAUUUACCUAAAUUUCUUUCUCUGGGCAAUGCAUUUGAUUUGGUGACUUCACAAGAUGAGAUGCAGAAUGACCAAGGAACAGCAGCGAUCUAUCAAGGAAGGCAGCUUCAGAUACUGGAGAAGUUAAACGAAUUACUGACAAAUAUGGAAGAGCUCAGAGAGGAAAUCAGAAUUCUUAAAGAAACCAUUCCAAAGCUGGAGGAAUGUGUAUGUGGUGAACUUGGAGGAAAGACAACUGCUCACAGGAUUAGUCCUCAGCACAGAACUAGGAAAAGAAGGCUUGCCACAGUUCAAAGUUCAGGAACAAGCAAUAGUUCAGAGGAAACAGAAAGUGAAGGAGGCUGCAACAAAAAGGACCAGAACUUCCAACAAUAUUGUCCUGAAGAUCAUGUUACUUCAGACCCCUUGCACCAUGGGACCUCUUCUGUUACUUAUCAACCUAACGUUCAUGAUCUCCCUGCAAACUAUUCUAAAUUACGAAAAGUCAGUAUACGUACAGGAAGUAAAAAUUUCACUACUCCAUCAAGUAUAUCUGCUUUCUCAUCUUUCUCUGAUAGACAUUCUUUAUUCAGCAAAUUUCAGAAAAGCAGUGUUACCCUUCAGCGUCAAGAAAGUAGAGCUAACUUUGAUUCUGAAGACAAAAGCAGCCUCAAUACUUUAAAAACUUCCCCAGAACAUUUUGCUUUUACAUUCCGGAGACACUUCUCUGCUCGUAAACUAAGUAUAAUUUCCUGUUAUGAAAGCUCUAUGUAUUUUGAUCUUCAAUCAAGUAGUGAGAACAUGAACAAUCCAAGUGAAACUCAAGUAGAUUCUAAAAGCUCAACUAUUGCUGAUGUUGAAAAAUACCUAAGUUCUUGUUCUCCUGAUUAUAACAUUAAACAUUUUAUAAGUUUUGAAACCAAAGUUCAUUCCUCGGCCAAUCCAAUAGAUGCUGCUAGAGUUCCCUACAGACAAAGCACAGCAACCUUCAUUUCUCUCCCAACUCUCAUUUCCUAUUCUUAUGAACAAAGAGAAAUUGCCAGUGACACACAAGAAAGAAGCCAACCAAAGAAAAAGCUCCUUCCUGCUGAUGUUCAAAGUCACAGAGCCGGCCGUCCUCUAGCUGUGAUUCAGCAGCAGACCUCUGAAAGCGCCACUUCUGUUCCCCCUAAUGUUGCAGUUGCUUCGUUUUAUAAACCUAGUAGGAGGUUUACCCCAGUUCUAAUUGAAGUUCACUCAAAUUGCUUUGGUGGUGGAAGUAUUGCUCAGUCAUCUCAAGAUGAAGACAAAUCUUCACCUAUUGAAAUUCCUAACUUAAGGUCACCUCAGAUUUUAUCCUCUCUUAGAAGGGCAGCUCAAAUCGGAAGUUUUCCUACCAGGUGUACUCUAUAGUCUGUAGAAAUCACUUCCCAGUUUUCCCCGAAGCCUCCUCCCUUACUAAGCUUCACUCCAUUUUCUGAAAAAGAUUGCUAUGUUGCAGUUUAUAUUUAAUUUUAAUGUCUGUGUUUUCUGAAAAAUAGUUCAUUCAUAAUAUUGGAAUAUGGAAGUCAAACAUUAUUCAUGUGUUUCAGGCUUUUAACAGAUUUACUACUUAUAGAUUGACAGGGCCCAGAUUUCUGAGUGACUGUUGUAAUACAUUUGUGGUCUGAAAAUAACGUCACGCUUUGAUAUAUAGGUCUUCUAAAUGUAUUACAUUGUUUGAGAGUUUAACAUCUUUUAUCCUUGUCUCAUGAUUGGAGAUAGUAUUCCUAUAUAAUAUAUAUAUAGGGCGGGGCAAAAGUAGGUUUAUAGUUGUUCGUAUGAGAAAUAAUACAACAAGUAAAUAAUAAUACUCACACCUAUAAACCUACUUUUGUCCCACCCUGUAUAUUUCCAUAUUUAUCAGUUCAGAAAUUUUCAUUUCCAUAAGACUUCUUAAUUAUAUUUCUCAUGCCACACAUUUCACUGACAGAUGAUGUUUUUACUAAUACAAGGACCAAAAAUUAUAUGUAAAAACAUUAUCAUGGAAAUAUGUAGACUACUGAAACCAGAUAUUUUAACUAAAUACUUUUAAUACACAUUUAUGCAUGCAUGUGUCUGGGAAUUCAGAGAACUCUGAAAUAAAAAAUGUAUAUAUUAGUAUUUUUUAUUUUUUAAAGUUAAUACAUUUCAGGUUUUUUCCAACAUUUUUAUUUUUAAAUUGUCAAAUAAAAUUUUUAUUUUAAAAAGUAUCUCUAAAAUUUUUAUUUUUAAGAGUGAAUAUUUUUUAUAUUUUUCUAUUAUAUUAUACAAA